UUGAUCAAGGAUAUCAUCAUCAUCAUCACGUUAUUUUAAUUUUGCUAGAUAAGAAUUUUUUUUUAUAUAUAUGAAUCUAAUGAUCAACGAUAACUUCAUCAUAUAGGAAAAAAAAGUGAGCAAGAGUGUAUAUAAUAAAUUUAUAGCCAUGAUUAAACAUCCAAAAAGACGUUUUGAGAAAACAUUGAAUUUGGCACAUCGAUAUUUUGUUUAUACAUCGAUAGCAUUUACAUUGAUCACAACUGGAUUCAUUGGCGUUCGAUUCUAUCAUCAUUAUAAAUUUGUACAAGAACAGAAAAAACUUCAUACUGUCCGACAAUUGCAACAACAACAACAACAACAAACAAGAAGAUCGAAAUGUUGAAGAUCCAUUUGAAAAAUUUGCCAAUAUCGAUGAUGUACCGAAAAAGAUUGCCACUUCAAAUUUUUAAACGAUAUAAUAACAAUUCUAAUAGUAGCAGUGGAUCGUCGUGGAAAAUUUUACGCCUCAAUCAUAUAGCCAUUGCCAGUAAAGCCAUCGAAGAAUCGUCAAUAUUGUAUCGUGAUAAAUUUCAGAUGAUCACAUCGGAUAAACAUGCACAACCAGAUCAUGGUGUCAACACCAUGUUCGUUGAUUGUGGCAAUACCAAAAUUGAACUUCUUGAUCCUAUAGCCAAUUGUAAAAGUCCAAUUGAAAAUUUUUUAGAUAAAAAUCCUACAGGUGGUAUUCAUCAUCUUUGUUUUGAAGUGGAUGAUCUUGAAGCCGCUUGUAAUGAUUUACGUCAACGUGGUUUACGAUUAUUAUCCGAACGUCCAAAAAUCGGUGCUCAUGGUAAACCGGUUAUAUUUUGUCAUCCAAAAGAUUGUUCCGGCGUACUCAUUGAAUUAGAACAGGCUUAGAAUUAGACAUUAUUAAACAAAACAAAAA